AUGAGAGAGAGUGGGCUGUACUGUGACAGCGACGUAAUUCAUGCGCAAUGUCUCGGGUUCCUCUACACGUCUAUCUUGCAAGAUGAACUGCAUGGGGCAGCUAGAUUUGGGAAUGUUCAUAGGAUAAGACCAUCCUCGAAUCCAGAAUCACCACCUGGACGACCGGACAUACUUUAUUUUCUGCCAGAUAUUACCGAAACUCAAGAGUUUUAAACGCGUGUUGAUUUGGAGGACGUCGAAUUAGCCAAAGAGGUGCGCUGUACAAACCAUCUCCCAACGUGUUCAUCAGAGUUUUAAAGAUCUGGCUGACAUCAUUAUGCGAGAGCAAGGAUUAA